AUGAAUUUAGACGCUUUAAAUGGACUGGAUCUAAAUGGAGCCUUCAAGAUUGCCAAUUUGGCAGUGGCAGGUUUAUCAGUACGUAAACCGUGAUUGUAUUGCAAUUAGACAUCAAUAUACUAACAGAAUCUAGGUUUUAUCGGGCCUUUCUCAAUUAUUCAGUGGAAUGUAAGUAAUUUAUCAGAAAUCGAGAUCAAUGGGGUUUAUUUCCAUUGCUUUCAUGUGGAUACCCGUUUGCGGACGAUUUUAGCAAUUGACACGGAUCAGCUACUAACUAUAUAGACAAUCGGUAUGUACUCUUUUCAGGUAAAUGGAAUUAUGUAGGUAUUAACAGUUUUAGUUUGUUCUUGGAAUUUAUAUAAUCGCAUUUGGCGGUAUAAUUGGUCUUCUUGGUAUGUAUAAUCUUACGAUCGUUGUUGGAUGUUAACUAACUGUUUCUAGAAUUUAGGGUUCCGGCCGAGGCUUAUGCCUAUGCAUCAUUUUUGUUUUCGUUUAUUGGUAGGGGUAUCUGUAUGUAUUUAUUAGCGAUGGUGGUUUGGGAUGCAUGUACUAACAGUUUAUAGUCUACACAUUAAUUGGUGCAAGUAUCAAUGGUGGUAGUGCUUUCAGAAUUAUAGCCGGUCUCUUAAUUUUCGUCGUCGGAUUGGUCUAUAUCGGCUUAGAAGCUAUUCCUAGCAUUUCUCCUCCGGAAAACAUGAAUCCUGAAGGUAUUGCUAUUGGUAUCAAUGAUGAAGAUAUAAUUUAG